CAGCAGCAUCUGCUCAGAGUCAGUGAGUUGAGUUUGUGUGUGUGUGUGUGUGUCAGUGAGCAGCAGCUCGCCACAGUGUUGGAGACCAUGACGGAGCCGGAGCCCACGCUGGAGCAGGAGCCCACGCCGGAGCCGGAGCCCACGCAGGAGCCCACGCCGGAGCCCACGCCGGAGCCGGAGCCCACGCAGGAGCCAGAGUCAGAGCCGGAGCUGGAGCUAAAGCAGGAGAACGGCUGCACUAAAGCGAGCGAGCAGAAGUCACCGGAGGAGUUCGAGCCCCCCGAGGGCGGCUGGGGGUGGGUGGUGAUGCUGGCCUCCAUGUGGUGUAACGGCUCGGUGUUCGGCAUCCAGAACGCCUUCGGCAUCAUGUUCGUGUACCUGCUAAAUGAGUUCGGCUCCGAGCACGACGCCGACCUGCGCUUCAAAACAGCAUGGGUGGGCUCUCUGUCGAUGGGCAUGAUCUUCUUCUGCUCUCCAAUCGUCAGCGUGUUCACGGAUCUGCUGGGCUGUCGGAUCACGGCUGUGGGGGGAGCUGCAGUGGGCUGUGUGGGGCUGCUGGCCAGUUCAUUCGUCACGUCUCUGGGCCCGAUGUACUUCACCUACGGGAUAGUGUUCGCGUGUGGCUGCAGUUUUGCGUAUCAGCCGAGUCUGGUGAUCCUGGGCCACUACUUCAAGCGCAGGCUGGGUCUGGUGAACGGCAUCGUGACGGCGGGCAGCAGCGUGUUCACCAUCACGCUCCCGUACAUGCUGUCGGGCCUGCUGAAGAGCGUGGGGCUGUACCACACGCUGCGGGUGCUGGCCAUCUUCAUGUUCAUCCUCAUGCUGGCCGGACUCACCUACAAACCCCUGCUGCCCAAACCCGUCAGCAGCAGCAAACCCGGCAGCCGCUGCCCUCCGCUCAGCAGGAUCUUCAACGUCAACAUCUGGAAGUCUCUGGGCUACCGCAUAUGGGCCUUCGGCAUCCCGGCGGCCCUCUACGGGUACUUUGUGCCUUACGUUCAUCUGAUGACACAUGUGGAGGAGCGCUUCGGACCGGAAGCUAAUAAAGAAGUUCUGCUGGCCUGUAUCGGCAUCACGUCCGGCGUGGGGCGUCUGAUCUUCGGCAGAGUGGCUGACUACGUGCCUGGAGUUAAUAAAGUCUUCCUGCAGGUGUCUUCAUUCAUGGUGAUCGGCGUGAUGUCCAUGAUGAUUCCUCUGUGUCAUGUGUUCGGCGGGCUGAUCGCCGUGUGUCUGCUCAUGGGGCUGUUCGAUGGCUGCUUCAUCUGCAUCAUGGCCCCCAUCGCCUUCGAGCUGGUGGGCUCCCAGAACGUGUCUCAGGCCAUCGGCUUCCUGCUGGGCAUGAUGUCCAUCCCCAUGACCGUCGGCCCGCCCAUCGCAGGGUUUCUGCGGGACCGUUUGGGCAGCUAUGACGUGGCGUUUUACCUGGCCGGUAUCCCCCCCCUCAUUGGUGGAGCAGUGCUGUGUGCCAUUCCCUGGGUGGAGGCGCGCAGGAAGAGGAGAGAGGCGGCAAACACAGCCGAAAACACAGAGAAGAUGCUGGAGAGCAGGAGCCCCCCGCUGGAGGACACCGUCUGCAGGACUGAAGAGCCCGAGUCCGUCAUCUGAGGACAGCACACACACACGGCUGUCUGUCUGUCUGUCUGAGUGAGAGUGUGUGUGAGAGUGUGUGUGUGUGUAUACAGGUUUAUGUGGUUUACAGGGACAUGAAAUUGUAUAAUGAUAUAGGUGACGUCCCAGCCGGCAUGAUGCCAUUAACAUGACCUCAGAUUGGCGUUGCACCCCAACAUUGUGGGGACGCUGCAUCUUGUUUGGAAAUGAAAAUCGGGUUAACAUCAGAACUCAAGGUCAGGCUGACGUCAAUGUCCAACAUCCAACCUAAAAUCAACCAAAUAUCAACGUCUAUUGAUGGUGUUCCAGCUUGGCGUUUGUGGACGUUUCCACUAUGACGUCUGUCAGAUGUUGGGUUUUGAAUGCCAGACCUGAUGAAUUACUGUCAGUAUGUGACGUCAGUGUGAUGUUGGGUUAAGAUGUUGGGUUACUUUCUAACAACCUAAAGUCAACCAAAUAUCAACGCUAUCUGACGUCUUUAUUGGACAUCAGUAUAAUGUUGUCCUCAGACGCUGGCUAGACAUUGAGUUGUGGUCACCUGACAUCACGACCUAAAUCUAGCCUGAUAUUAGCGUGUUCUGUCGGUGUGCCGGCUGGGUUAGCUGUACUCUACACUCAGCUGCUUCUUUAAGCUACUUACUUCACUUCAUUGUGUUAUGUUCAGUCCACCUAAAUUUGACAAACAAGAUUGAGUUCAUCUAUUAGUGUUGGGAAUAGUGGGAUCUUUACAGUGUGUACACACACCUCGUCUCCUGGUAAAUGAAGAACUCUUAAAGACCGGAUGAGGUUUUUCACAUUCAGAUUUAGCCACAGGUCUGCUGUGAGAGUUGGGUUUAGAGGUCGGGACAUAUAAUACAUUACAUAUGUAUAAAAUACAUUACACCAUGCAGAGUCCCUGUAAACCGCGUGUGUGUGCGUGCGUGUGUGCGUGCGUGUGUGCGUGUGUGUGUGUGUGAUCAGAGGGUUUUGUGUGUUUUCUAUCUGCAGGAUGGCUCUGAUCUCGGGCCUGUACACUAAUGUGAUUGGUGUUGUCCGCUAUGCAUAUUUCAGAAGUGUCCUUCAUUAUUUUUAUACUGAACUCUGGGGAUGUCGAAGGGAACCGGAGCACCGCUAAUGUGAGGAAACAAUCAUGAUGAAGAAGGGAAGACGUGAAACACUUUCACAGCAUUUCAUUUUCACUAGUGUAGAAAGUAUUAGUGUGUCCUUUAUUUUUAUAUUCUGUGAUGUAAACGUGUCAUUUAUAACGCUAAACUGUCUCAUACACAUGGGAAUAUUCAGCCAUACCAUCAUCUCCUCCUGUGCCGGAAACUGAGCGCUCUAUAUGCAGAGGAGGGAGAUCACCAAAGCUGAGGAGCACUGAGGUGCACGUGUGUGUGUGUGUGUGUGCGUGUGUGCGCUUACAACAGGACCUCUAUGAGCUGGUGUGUUUUGAGAGCGUGCUGAUGGUCAGGUUGAUGAUUCUUCAUCAUCAUCAUCAUCUUCACAUUCACCACAGCGAGGCCUUGUCUGAGGAGGGAAGCACAAACAUCAGAGUAAUUAGUGUGAUGAAUAUGUAUUGAUAUAGUCCCACACACACACACACACACACACCCCAGUGUUGUCCAUCAGGAGUGUUAACUGCGUCCGGUGAUCUACUACCUCAGUCCACAUUAAACUGACCUGAAGCCAGUGUCCCGGAGCUCAUGCAGACUCUCCUCUACCCGGAGUGUUGUCAGCGUCACGAGUGCCUCGAGGAGCGUGAUGAUCAGACAGAUGAUGAAGAUGAUCAGUGCCAAAGCAUUUCAUGAGGGAAAGACGUUUGAUUUGUUAUUAAUCUCUCUCUGGGGAUGACCCUCUCUUUUAUACUCUAUUUUGUAUCUGCCAGUUUUGUAUUUGUUUAAUUUAUACUUGUUGAACACCAGCCCAGCAAAGCUUUCCCACACGUGCCUGAGACUUUGGCCAGCUCAGAUUUACAGUACAGGCAUGGGCCGGUGUUGAUGACGCUGCUCAGGGUGAUCAGAUAUCUACAUUUGCUCAUCAGAAGUGAUGGCGAGGCUUGAUCAGUGUGUGCUGUGCAUUUAGAUGUGAUUGUGAGGUUUGUGCUGAACACACACCGCUGGCUGCACUUAACAAAGCAGGCUGGAGCUUUAUUUGAUAGCAUUUAUUACCUCUACCCUUAAUACUACAGUCAGCACAUACAGUACAUGUGUAUUACGUCAACAGCAACAACCUGAUAUGCAGAUCAGCGCUUCUUCAGUCUCGGUGCAGACAUGGUGAUGGAUGAGUUGAUUCUGUGCCUCGCUCUCGUCACCUGAGCUGCUGCUGUUCGUGUUGUCUGUGCCACACUGCUGUCAGUGCAGUUCUGCUCCACAAUCAAUAAAGAUAAAUGUUUGUAUUAUUAAA